CGAACAAACUGCAGGCGCUACGGGCGGCCGAGUCCACGGAGACCGCCGCGCGGAGGGAGGGGUGCGAGAGGAAAGCGGAGGCGGGUGUUUCUUGCGCGUGCUGCGUUCCCUAUUUCACUCUCUCCGCCAGCACACCAGACAGCAGUCACCAACCUGUGGAUGGUGGCGCGCGUGUAGAGGAUUAAACACUAGCGAGCUGGUGCAAACGGCUUCAAGUCAUUUACAGCUGCAACGCGCGCGCUCUGUGGAGGGCAGGACGGUGUUUCAUCCAUGUCAACAGAAACGCGGGACGCGAGGUGUUCGUGAGGAGUCGGAGUCGCGCCGGGUCCGAAUGUAUGAAUGGCCCCGGUAUGGAGGAAGUUCCGUUUCCCAGAGUCCAAACACGGCGGACAAAAACUCGCUGCCUUACCGGCACACCGUUCGCGCGCAUGCCCUGCGAGGAUGAAUUCGACUGCAAGGAGCUCGAGAGUCUUUUCCAGAAGUAUAAUCUGAAACUCGAGCAGACAGCGACGCUCAAAGCGCUGGCCGUCCUCAUCCUCGCCGCGUCAACGCUGGCGCUGGUUGAGCUGCUGUCCGCCGGUUCGCGUUUCACCGUCUCCAAGGGCUCGCACCCGGUGCACUGCGUCAUUUUCACUUCACUCUUCAUCGUCACCAACGUCAAAUAUUUACAGGUGACGCAGCUGCAGCAAAUAGCAAGGCUCGCUCUUCUUUUCAGUUUUACCUUUGCCCUGCUCUGUUGUCCAUUCCCUCUCGCAAUUGGUCCCGGAGCGCAGCACAGCGCGCAUAGCGCGCAAGGGCCUUAUGAAACGGCUACGGCACCUGAGCAAGGUGUGUGGCAGCUAAUGCUCGUGACGUUCGUUGCUUACUCCCUCCUCCCGGUGCGGACACUUCUGGCCGUGUUGUUCGGCAUCUUGGUGGCUGCAUCUCAUUUCAUUGUCACUGCAACAUCCGUGACAGCCCACAGGCCACGGGUAUGGACUCCGUUGCUGGCAAAUGCAGUUUUGCUGGUUGGUGUCAACCUGUCUGGCGUGUUUGUGCGGGUCCUCACUGAGCGUGCCCAGAGGAAGGCUUUCCUACAGGCCAGGAACUGCAUCCAACAACGCCUGCAACUGGAGGAUGAAAAUGAAAAACAGGAACGCCUCCUAAUGAGUCUGCUGCCCAGAAAUGUUGCCAUGGAGAUGAAGGAGGACUUCCUUAAGCCACCAGAAAGAAUCUUCCAUAAGAUCUAUAUCCAGCGCCAUGACAAUGUCAGUAUCCUGUUUGCAGACAUUGUUGGGUUCACCAGCCUGGCGUCCCAGUGUACAGCUCAGGAGCUGGUCAAACUGCUGAAUGAACUCUUUGGGAAGUUCGAUGAGCUUGCAACAGAGAAUCACUGCAGGAGGAUAAAGAUCCUGGGAGACUGUUAUUACUGCGUGUCGGGUCUGACCCAGCCCAAGGCUGACCAUGCCCACUGCUGUGUGGAGAUGGGCCUGGACAUGAUUGACACCAUCACGUCUGUUGCCGAGGCGACAGAAGUGGACCUGAACAUGCGUGUGGGUUUGCACACGGGUCGCGUGCUGUGUGGGGUCCUUGGACUGAGGAAGUGGCAGUAUGACGUGUGGUCAAAUGAUGUCACGCUGGCCAACAUGAUGGAAGCAGGGGGCCUUCCUGGGAAAGUGCACAUCACCCGGGCGACACUGGAGUGCUUGAAUGGCGAUUACGAGGUAGAACCGGGCUAUGGGCACGAGAGGCACAUCUUCCUCAGCAAGCAUGCCAUCGAGACCUUCUUCAUCGUUCCCUCGCACAGGCGCAAAAUCUUCCCUGGAUUGAUCCUGUCUGACAUUAAGCCAGCGAAGAAGAUGAAGUUUAAGACAGUCUGUUACCUGCUGGUGCAGCUUAUGCACUGUAGGAAGAUGUUCAAGGCUGAGAUUCCCUUCUCCAACGUGAUGACCUGUGAGGACGAUGACAAGAGACGCGCGCUGCGCACUGCGUCGGAGAAGCUGCGUAACCGUACGUCAUUCUCGGCGGGAGCCAUGCAGAACUCACCAGGGACACGCGUCAACCGUUACAUCGGCCGGCUGAUUGAGGCACGCCAGAGUGAGGCAGAAACGACCGACCUCAAUUACAUCACCCUGACCUACCGCAGCAGCAAGAGGGAGACGCGGUAUCAGCAGGUGUAUGAUGACGAUUUUAUCAGCGCUGUGCUCAUUUCUCUGCUCCUCACUGCACUUUUUACCCUUAUCUACUUUCUGAUCAUCCCCAGAGGUCUGGGGAUUGUGGUUAUGUUGGUUCUCUGUAUCUGUUUUCAUAUGGCGAGUGUGAUGUACCUUCACAUCACUCAUUUGCAGUGCUCUCCCGACUGUCUUACUCUGCAGAUCAGGACAGUACUAUGUGGCUUUCUGGUGAUUCUGAUGUAUUCCGUGGCCCAGGGGUGUGUGGUGGCCUGCAUGCCGUGGUCAUGGGAUAGGAAUUCCAGCGUCUCCAUCUUAACGGUUGUAAACGUGAACAGCACUGCAGCAGGUGCGGGUGCAUGUAAGUCCGCUCCGUAUGCCUUUCUGUCCUGUGUGAUGGUCUCACUCUCAGUGGCCCUCUACCUACGUGUGUCAUCGCUCCCGAAAAUUCUCCUGCUGCUUCUUCUCAACAUCCUCCAUACUGUCGUCAUGGAGACCAGCGGGUACCGGCAGGCUGUGGGAGGAUGCUUCUUUCACACAUAUGGCUAUGAUCCUGUUCUGGCAAUGAUGCUUUUCUCUGGAGCCCUGAUUCUCCACUUCAGACAACUGGACCUCAAACUCCGACUGGACCACCUGUGGGCCACUCAGGCUGAAGAGGAAAGAGAUGACAUGGAGAGAGUGAAAUUGGACAAUAAGAGGAUUCUGUUUAACCUGCUCCCUGCUCACGUGGCUCAGCACUUCCUCCUUUCGAACCCGCGCAGCAUGGACCUGUACUACCAGUCAUACUCACAGGUGGGGGUCCUGUUUGCCUCUAUCCCCAACUUCAACGACUUCUACAUCGAGCUAGAUGGGAACAACAUGGGCGUGGAGUGUCUUCGACUCCUCAACGAGAUCAUCGCAGACUUUGAUGCAUUGCUGGAUAAGGAGUGCUAUAGGGACAUCGAGAAGAUCAAAACCAUUGGCAGUACAUACAUGGCAGCAGUGGGACUUGUUCCCACUACUUGUUCCAAGGCCAGGAAGGCGAUCUCGGCACACUUAUGCACCGUGGCUGACUUUGCCAUCGAGAUGUUUGAUGUUCUGGACGCGAUAAACUAUCAGUCGUACAACGACUUUGUGCUUCGAGUGGGUAUAAAUGUAGGUCCAGUGGUGGCAGGCGUGAUUGGUGCUCGGAGACCUCAGUAUGACAUCUGGGGAAAUACAGUCAAUGUAGCAAGCAGAAUGGACAGCACUGGAGUGCAGGGCAAGAUUCAGGUGACAGAAGAUGUCUUCCGCCUCCUGUCGGGUCACUACCAUUUCCUCUGCCGUGGACAGGUCACUGUGAAAGGCAAAGGUCAAAUGCUCACCUACUUCCUGGAAGGCUGGUCACACGAGGGCGGCAUCCAAACUCACCCCAAGGGCCCGGAGCUCCAGGCAAGCCCUUGCGUCCAGACCAAGCUGAGUCCUGCCCCUACCCUGAACACUUACGCUGUUUUAGCCCCCACUGUUGGCCCUGGCCCUGCUCCAGCCAACCACAGCAUUCUCUACCUGCCUUCCGUCUCCGUCGCCGUGGAGAUGGAGGUGUGACUGACGAGGAGGUGGUUUCCAUGGCAACCGAUAUAUUUGUGAAUGGAGCCGGGGGGAGUGGUAAAGAGAGAGAGCGAUGGGAGGCGUAAUGACGCAGAGGAUCAGAGUGGGGUCGAGGAUGAAUGAGAGGGCGUGUUGUGUUUUGGAAAGGCCUUGGAUAAAAAGCAAGUGGACAGAGAGAAGAAGCCUCCUGUCCUGUCCACGGCAUGGCUAUGAUGUUUACAAGAGAGCAGAGAGACAGCUAAAAUCUCUCAUACUGAAAGCAACUCUCUGACCCCAUCUCCACACACACAGACAUAAGUGUGUGUAUGUCUGUGUUUAUACAUGUAUGUAUUUGUGUGUGUUUUAAUGAGUCUUCCUCAGUCCAGCUAGAUAUCAGGGGCUUCUAAAGAGAAGCAUGUGUUCUACUGUAAUGGCAGCUUCAUAACAACAGAGGAGACACUCCUCUGUGUAUGUGUGUGUGUGUGUGUGUGUGUGUGUGUGUGUGUGUGUGUGUGUGUGUGUGAUGUGUGGCACAAGUGUAUGUGUAUGUGUGUGUGUGUGUGAGUUUGUUUAUUUGUGUAUGAAAAAAUAUUCAGUAAUGCUCGGGAAUUAAUGCCAAGGCAUGAACCAUUCGGAGCAUGUGUAUAGCAUCCAAACUGCAUCCAAAUAGCAUCCAAACUGCGCUGUAUUUUGGGGCCGGGGGGGGGGUGUUUGCAUGAGUGUAUGUGUGUGUUUAUUUGUGUGUGUACAUGUGUCUGUCAGGGAGAGAAUUUUGUAUCAUUAUGAAACCAGACAUAGCACUUGACUAGACAGGAAAGCAGAUACUUUUCAUGUUCCUGUUUAGUUUUGGGGAAUACGUGAAAAUCAGAAGCAAAAUGCCGAUGCCUUUUUGAGUGACCUGCUAAACGUUCACUAAGAUGUUACGAUACCAUAACAUAAGAGAUCAAAUGCAUUUUUAAUGGCAGGCAAAUGAAACUGCUCAGUUUUGUUAUCAUAUCCAGUCCUCGUAAUCUUUGCCAUUGAUAAGGGUUGGGUUGCUAGGAUCAGCAGAGUUUGUGUUUGUGUGCUUCUAACGCUUACGCACAGCCACACUGAGCAGGAACAUUCUCCACGUCAACGCUCACUUCCUGCUGCCCUUUGACCUCUCAAUGAACUGGAGAUUUCCUGCCUGAUAUAAACACAAAUGCUGACUGGCCUCUUGCUUUGGAGAUGCACUCGGCGUGUUGCAGACGGUCGCUAACAAUCAGCUAAUCUGAAACAUCAGCUCGAUCUUUCUCGACACAUUAGCGGUCCGUGUACCUUAAUGUGAACCAACAUGAGUUUAAGAAGCUUAAGUAUGUGCUAGGGAUCCAAAUGGAUAGAACUCUCGACAGAGCGGAAAAAAAAUAGCACCCCUGGCUGGUUCCCGGCGGCAGAACUGGUUUUGACGCUUGUUCUUUUCCAGAGUUUCUAAGUAGGCAAACGUUCGACUGGAUCCGGACUGGUGCUGGCGCCUAAACCCACAGUGCAGGAGCAGGAGCGAUGCUCCUACUGCCCUUCUACAUCUCUGUGCUCUCAGAGGCCCCCGCUCGUAUUCGGGGUCCGGAGCCCACUGACAGUUUUUACUUUAAAUACGGGGGAAAGAAUAUUAGGAUCUGGUCAGUCUGUCUCUCCUGUUCAUGGCAUUUUAUUUUUACUUUUUUUUUUUCUUCUGUUACUAAUUGUUACUAUAGCUUUGAUAUUUCUCAAGUAUGCCUAGUAAACAGGAAUAAAGCUGGCCUCCAGCGUAAUUUUCUGCAUGCUCUUCUUCGCAUGCUGUAGUUCUACCUUGUCCGCUCUCUAUACUAAGUGCGACGUGUCUCUAAUGCAUGACUAAUGCAAAAACAGACAAACAAACAAAAAAACAAACAAAACUAAAUUAAAACAAACAAAAAAAAGCAGGUGCAUCUCCGCUGCAUGUCCAGGUGGGAGGGCCUUUCCUUCAUCCUUACCGUGUUCUUGGAUUUGGAACUUUCAGCGACAGUUUGCUUGCUUUCCCUCUCUGUGCAUGGUGCUGUCGAGUGUUGGAAAAAGUUCAGGAUGGUCGUAGCAUUGCUGCCUUUUCGGGUCUUGAGGUGACUGCCUUUGCUCCGGAAGGGCUGUCAGAGUGAGUGUAUUCCUUCGUGCCAACACAUAUCGUUACCGACAUAUCAACUCCAGUGUUCUAUUGUAGCACAAACUUUGUGAUAUUGUGUUUGGUUGAACUUAUGAUGUUUUUAAAAGCGUCAAGUUUUAUAUGCACUGGAUCCACCAAGGACAGUUUUGGCUUCCUGUGAAACUUUGGGCUGGGAUGUUUAGAUGUCGGGUGUCUUCUAAUGGUUUUUGGAGAAGUAUAUUUUAUGUAAUAUAUCUAUUAUUGCAAGAAAAUCAUUCUAAGCUAAAAUAUUCUUGUUGUGGGGCACAAAGACAAACCUUCUGAGCUUGUAAUUGGAUACUAAAGAGAUGCACUGUGUUUCAAAUGACACGUUCAGAAACUUGGAGCUUUUCUGCACUUCUCAUGGCCCAGAACCCUCCACUCCUAGCACAAGGUUGUUGGAGGGGUAGGCUGAGUGAGAAAACCUAGCAUAGAUUCAUCUUUCUAUAUGAAAAGUUCAAUCAUUAUUCACAAGCCAAAUCAUUUUAUCUCUGAGGCCUAGUUCAGAUUUUAUGCUCAAAUAAAUGUAGCCACCUGACAAAAUGGUUCUAUUUUCUAUUUACAAAAUGCAGUGGCCUAAUUUACUGCCAUUCUAAAUAUUACAACCAGAUCAACUUUAUUAAUGCAUACAAAGUGCACAGUAAAAUCAGACAAGAUUUUCAUGUGAAUGAGAUAUUUUCAUAUUUGAUACGGGUUGAAAUUAUUGUAUGUAUGAAACCUACUGUAGAGUAAACAGAAAGUAUUUUACUGAUGAUCCUAAAUAUAUGUGCUAUUUUUGGGGUUGCAAUGUAUUGAUUGCAAUGGUGAUAUAUGUGAAUGUAAAUUUCAUAUUGAGAUCUUUUAUACUUGUGUUUGCACUGUUCUGGAAUAAAACAAGAAGAAGAAUCA